GAAAUCCUCGUCCCUACGAAAGGCACGAUAAGAGAAGCCAAUAUUUGUGCAAACCACGCCAGAAUUUCAUUAUUUUCAAGCUUCCAUUAACGAUCAACUUUCCCAGAUUGUGCUUUGUUGGUACACCACCAAUUUUUGUGGGAACAAACAAACAAAGCAAAACAAAAAUAAAAAGGGUCACAUUUUCAAGUUUCGAUUCUUCUUUAUUAACGGACCCUUUUGCGCUCAUUUGGAAUUUCGAAAACCCCUCCUCUCGCUAUGGGUUGCGGCUCCUCUUUUCCAGAUAGGGAUUCGUGGCAGAUGGGUCGACCCAGUUCCGAGAACAGUGGAGGGCAAGACGCCAAGAAUCUAAGGGUCAAGCUUGUUCUCUUAGGUGAUUCUGGUGUCGGUAAAAGCUGUAUUGUUCUACGAUUUGUUCGUGGUCAGUUUGAUCCUACAUCCAAGGUAACCGUUGGAGCUUCUUUUUUGUCACAAACAAUUGCUCUGCAAGACUCUACAACAGUCAAGUUUGAAAUAUGGGACACUGCUGGUCAAGAGAGGUAUGCUGCAUUAGCACCACUCUAUUACCGUGGUGCAGCAGUUGCGGUUAUUGUCUAUGAUAUAACAAGCCCAGAUUCUUUCAGCAAAGCACAGUACUGGGUUAAGGAGCUACAAAAACAUGGAAGCCCUGAUAUAGUGAUGGCAUUGGUUGGUAAUAAAGCUGAUCUUCAUGAGAAGCGGGAAGUUGCUGCCCAGGAUGGCAUUGACUAUGCGGACAAGAAUGGCAUGUUUUUCAUAGAGACAUCUGCAAAGACAGCAGAUAAUAUAAAUGAACUGUUUGAGGAGGUCUAUGUUGUUCUAUGGGGAAGUGGACAGAAGGUUAAAAUGUUGACCAAGUGAUCUGGCUAUGAUUGAAUCCUAGGAAAUUGCUAAAAGACUGCCUCGCCCAUCAGUUAGUUGAUGUAGCCAGAUUGCAGUUCAGUAAAGGAUCAGCAUUUGCUUUGGGAUCCUUCAAUGCUGUAAUGUAUGGGUUAUGUUUAUGUAUAUUGUGAUUAGAUAUCUGUGGUCUUUAAUCAACCUGUAAUAAUGUCAUGGACAUCAUGUCAGAUAGAUAGGUGAUAUAUAUUAGGCCAUGCUUUGUGCAACCCACAAAUAUGAGUCAUGUCUAUUAUGAUUUCAUAUCCCUUGUCUUUUAUUGAUUGGCAUGCCUCGUUUUUAAUUAAGAUUGUAAUAUGAAGAAUGCCAAGUGAAACGCACGAUGCAUUUGGUUGUUGUAGCCCAUGCUUUGUAAGACCCACAAAUCAUUGCUAAAUUGAACAUAUUUGGAUGUUGGUGGUUGUGUAAUUCUAAUUUUAAUACCACUACUUUAGACUAUAGCAUAGGUGUUUGAAAGAAUUUGUUUGAAUUUAUGAAAGUAAUUUAUAACUU